CUCGCGCACUAUGUGUUUUGAGACACGUCAGCAGCGGUUCUUGAUUCUCGUAGGAGGCUCUCUCUCUCUCUUUCUCUCGUACAGGUGUUCACGAAUGUCGGAGACUGCAAGCCUAUCCGAGACUUCUACGUACAAUGCCUCGAAGUCUUCUGUGACGGUACAUUACAGUGCAUGAACGGCAUCUGGUUCGCAGUGUGGAUGGUGUGCGGGAUGUUCACCACCCAGAUCGCCGUAGGCUUGAAGCUCUCCAAGUACCUCAUGAAGAUGGACGACUACCUGUACGAAGGCGUCGAAGUCGAGGAGUCCAUAGAAAGUCCAGCGGACGACAAGUCUACGGGGUUUAGCGUGAGCUACGCGCCAAGCGGCUUUAAAGCGCCGACUGGCCAGUACAGGUGGAGGAAAUUCGAGGAGAACCCGUACCACAUGCCAAAAGAACUGGAAGGAUCCGUAACGGGUUUUGACAGCAACGAGUCGGGACUUGACCUGAGAAGGUGGAACAUGGACAGGAAGAAGGAGUUCGUGAUCGAAUCUAUUGCCGAUGAGUUCAAGAGAGUAAAGGAGGCGCGAGCCAAGGGGCAGCCGCUUCAUGUACCAGCUGGAGACGCACCCUAAUGGCUGCAUGGCACACAGCAUCCCCGAAGACGCCUUCAUUUCGCUCCGGACGAGGCGUUAUGCUGUGAUUUUUAUCUUUGUUUUGUUUUCAUAUUCGCUCACCUAUACUUUUAAUUGCAUUUCAUUUUCUGUUUCUCACGCGAUCGUGAAACCUUUUUGCCCAAUUCACACCCACCCAAUCAAUACGCCAGGCAUAACGCCGCCGUCUUUGUCUUUUGGAGCAUUAUUUGGACUCUAAAU